CUUUUCUUUUCUUUUCUCUAGUUUAUACAACUUAUUUUUAAACAAAGAUGUCUGUUCCCGUUGCUUUCAAUGAUAUCGGCAAGUCUGCCAAGGACCUCUUGUCCAAGGACUACCCCGUUGGUGGUGUUAAGCUCGAAGUCAAGACCACUGCUCCCAACGGUGUUGCCUUCAAAGUAACUGGUCAACGUGAUAACAAGUCCGGCAUCAUCGUCGGUGACCUCGAAACCAAGUAUGCCGAUAAGUCAAAGGGUCUUACUUUCACCGAAGCCUGGACCACCUCCAACCACCUUAACGGAAAGAUUGAAUUGGAAAACAACCUUGCCAAGGGUCUUAAGCUCGAACUCUUGACCUCUCUUCUUCCUUCCGUUAACGAAAAGGCCGCCAAGAUCAACGCUACUUAUAAGAAGCCCAAUGUCCACACUGUUGCCACUCUUGAUGUCUUCAAGACCAACUUUAGCGUCAACUCUGUCUUUGGUCAACAAGGUUUCCUUGUUGGUGCCGAAGUUGCCUACAAUGUUUUGGAUGGCAAGGUUGGCCGUUACAACGCCGCUGUUGGUUACUCUGCUCCUGAAUACGGUGUUGCUGUCCACGCCACCAACAACUUGAGCCAAUACUCUGCUUCUUACUACCACCGUGUCAACAGCGAUCUUGAAGCUUCUGGUAAGGCCACUUGGGACUCCAAGGGCUCCAACGCCGUUGCCCUCGAAGUUGGUGCUAAGCUCCAAUUGGACCCCUCUGCUUUCGUCAAGGCCAAGAUCUCUAACUCUGGUGUUCUCGGUCUUGCCUACACUCAAUCUCUCCGUCCUGGUGUUAAGGUCAACCUUGGUGCUUCUGUUGACACCACUCGUCUUAACGAAAAUGCUCACAAGCUCGGUCUUGCUUUCACUUUGGAGAACUAAGUUGCUUCUCUUUUAUUAUAAUUUCUCUCAUCUUUCUUUUUUAAUUUCUUACUAUUUCUAAAGAUUUAUACACAAUUUUUUAAAGAAAAAAGUGGUUUGAACUCUCUUUUUUGUCGUUGAAAUAAAAACAGCAGUUUAAAAAUAAGGCAGUUUGUGAAAU